GCAAUCAUGCACCUUAUUUGACUCAUUUCUUUAUUAUAUUGCUCCGGUCCUGUAACAAACUGAUAGAAUUUAGGUAGAUAUUCUUUCUGGAAGAGACGAGGAGAUACGACACCGUCUCAUUCAUGGAAACUAAAGCAAACCGUCGUCUUCAAGCAAUACACCACCACCUAACAACCACCGCCGGCGAUUCACCACCACUUCUCCGAUCAAGUCUCACCGCCGGAGAGUAUUACUCUGAGCAAGGAUACGGUGUUGUGCUUCCCGAGAAACUGCAGACUGGAAAAUGGAAUGUGUACAGAUCAGCACGGUCUCCUUUGAAGCUCGUGAGCCGAUUUGUUGAUCAUCCUGAGAUUGGAACCUUGCAUGAAAAUUUUGUUCGCACAGUUAAGGAUUUCAGCCAUCGCAAUUACUUAGGUACACGACUUGGGGAAGAUGGAACUGUAGGGGAGUACAGAUGGAUGACAUAUGAGGAAGCAGGUAGUGCACGGUCAGCAAUUGGUUCAGCUCUUGUUUGUCGUGGAAUAUCCAAGGGUUCGUCUAUUGGCAUAUAUUUUAUCAACAGACCAGAAUGGUUAAUUGUAGACCAUGCCUGCUCUGCAUAUUCAUUUGUUUCAGUUCCCCUGUAUGAUACCCUUGGUCCUGAAGCUGCCAAAUAUAUUACCAAUCAUGCAGCUAUAAAGGCUAUAUUUUGUAUGCCACAAACGUUAUAUAAUUUACUAAGCUUCUUGUCUGAGAUUCCUUCAGUGCAGUUGAUUGUGGUAGUUGGAGGAGUAGAUGGGAAAAUUCCAUCACUUCCAGCAUCAACUGGAGUUGAAGUGAUAUCAUAUUCAAAGCUGUUUGCUCAGGGUCUUGACAAUCUUCAACCUUUCUCUUCCCCAAACCCUAAUGAUGUUGCUACUAUAUGCUACACAAGUGGUACUACUGGAACACCGAAGGGAGUUGUGUUGACCCAUGCAAACUUGGUUGCAAAUGUAGCGGGUUUGAGUCUCUGUCUCAAAAUGCAUUUCACAGAUAUAUACAUCUCAUAUCUCCCUCUAGCACACAUAUUUGAGCGGGCUAACCAAGUUAUGGUGGUUUAUUUUGGAGGGGCAACUGGAUUCUAUCAAGGAGAUAAUUUAAAACUACCGGACGAUAUGGUUGUGUUAAGGCCCACUAUAUUUUGCAGUGUACCCCGGUUAUACAAUAGAUUAUAUUCCGGCAUUAUGAAUGUUGUUAAAACCUCUGGUGUUUUGAGAGAGAGGAUGUUCAACACUGCCUACAAUGCUAAGAAGCAUGCAAUAUUUGCCGGUAAAAGUCCUUCUCAAAUGUGGGACAGGUUGGUGUUCAACAAAAUAAAAGCAAGGUUAGGGGGAAAAGUCCGUUUAAUGGUUUCAGGUGCUUCACCAUUGUCUCCUGAUGUCAUGGACUUUUUGCGUGUGUGCUUUGGUUGUCAAGUCGUCGAAGGAUAUGGGAUGACUGAAACAUCCUGUGCGAUAAGUACUAUGGACAUGAAUGACAUCUUAUCUGGUCAUGUUGGUGCUCCUAACCCUGCAUGCGAAAUAAAGCUAGUGGAUGUACCAGAAAUGAAUUAUACAUCUGAAGAUCAGCCUCAUCCCCGUGGUGAGAUAUGUAUACGAGGACCCAUAAUCUUCCAAGGCUAUUAUAAGGAUGAAGUGCAGACGAGAGAAGUAAUUGAUGAAGAUGGAUGGUUUCGAACUGGUGAUAUUGGAUUAUGGCUUCCUAGGGGUCGCUUAAAGAUAAUUGAUAGGAAGAAAAACAUUUUCAAAUUGGCACAAGGAGAAUAUGUAGCUCCUGAGAAAAUAGAGAAUGUGUAUGCUAAAAGCAAGUUUAUCGCCCAAUGCUUUGUGUAUGGCGAUAGCCUGAAUUCUUCCUUGGUUGCCAUAGUCUCAGUUGAUCCAGAGAUGCUGACAGCAUGGGCUGCAACUGAAGGCAUCAAGUAUAAUGAUCUGAAAGAGCUGUGUAGCAACGCAAAAGCAAGGUCUGCAGUAUUGGCUGACAUGGAUGCAAUCGGAAAAGAAGCACAGUUGAGAGGUUUUGAAUAUGCAAAGGCUGUGACUUUGGUGCCUGAACCAUUUACACUGGAGAAUGGUCUGCUCACUCCCACAUUAAAGAUCAAAAGACAGCAAGCAAAAGCUUACUUUGCUAGAGCUAUAGAAGAGAUGUAUGGUGAUCUCGCAGACUCUGGAGCUGCUUCCCAGAAAAUGUUGAAGCUCUAAUUUACCAAUGAAUUGUAUGAAAGAAUAAAGUCAGUGUUUUAUUAUUAUUAUUAUUAUUAUUAUUAUUAUUAUUA